UGACAACAACCACGCCGGUCACUCAUAAGGCUCUAUCGGUUAUCAUCCACAAAGUAGCACUCUAUUACUUGACGAGGACCAACAGCGUCCCGAUCACCACGAGAGGGGCGUAUUCGUCGACAUCGACGAAGGGUCUCUAGAGAAUGCUUGCUGAUGCUCUGGAGGACUGUACCCCAAAAAUUAGCGUUGCAGGCUUACUGAAAGGUUGCCUACAGCAGGCUCGGAUAUAACUCCAUCGGUGACUUGUCAGCUUCUCGGCUUUCCUCCAAAUCACGCGAGCCUGCUAGUACUAUUCUGCGUGUCAACUUUGAUGCCGCGUAUGGUGCUUUGAGAAUUUGGGACACGUCCUUCGGCUCUGCCGAGGUUGUGCUUCUUCAUGAUGCGGUACGCGGGCCUGCUACCAGUUCCCGUUUCUCAUCCCAUACAUCAUGCUCUUAUCUCUGCUCUGGAAAAGUCUGCUUGCGUUUUGCUUUUCUGCCUUUGGGGCGUCGUCUUUUGUGAUUAAUACGACGGUUGCACUGGACUACGGAACUUUCACUGGGUUGCAAGAUGACGAUGCUGGAAUUAUCUACUUUCGUGGAAUACCGUAUGCGGACCCUCCUGUGAACGAUCUGAGAUGGAGAGCGCCGGUAUUCCCUCCUUCUAACUAUCUGGGAGACGUAAGCGCUGCUGAGUUCGGCAAUGUAUGCAUCGAAACGGCCACGUCUACAGUUCCGAGCGGCGCAUCUGAGGAUUGUUUGUUCAUCAAUGUCAACAUUCCCGUUGGAACUAACAGCGACGAUAAACUACCAGUUCUGAUCUACAUUCAUGGUGGUGGAUUCCAAAGUGGUAGUUCAAUUGGAUUUCCUCCAAAUGCAUUGUUUCAAUCAUCAGCCAAACCAUUCAUUUAUACUUCAUUGCAGUAUCGCCUGGGACAGUUUGGGUUUCUAGGCGGUUCCCAGUUGAAGGCUAACGGCGCUCUAAACGCAGGACUUCUGGAUCAGCGAGCUGCUCUUCGAUGGCUCCAGAAGUAUAUUUCCCACUUUGGUGGCGAUUCUGGGCGCGUGACGAUCUGGGGCGAAUCCGCGGGCGCGGGGUCUACGAUGUUCCAGGUUGUCGCGAACGGAGGUGACACGGAAGGCCUUUUCGUUGCAGCUAUGGGAGAUAGUCCUUCCAUGACCUUUAUGCCUGCAUACGAUAGUGAAUAUAUCGAAGGGAUCUUUACAGAUUUCGUAGCAGAUGCUGGCUGUGACAAAGACGAGGACGUUCUGGCAUGUCUCCGCGAAGCAGACGUGAACGAUCUGGCGGCAGCCGGAAAUGAUGUCCUCGUGUCAAAGCCCACAACUAUUUUUUCCUUUGCGCCAAUCCUGGACGGGACUUUCAUAUCUAAAAGGGCGGUCGAGGCUUUCCAAGAUGGGACGUUGGCUCCGAUACCUCUCUUCUACGGGUCGAACACCAAUGAAGGUGCCCAUUGGUCUGCUAACAUCCCAGCACCAUGGGCGAAUACAACUUCCUCAAACGCGACCGAGGACACUGUCUACUUCUUUUUGCAAGGCCAAUAUAGCACCUUGACAAACGAAACGUUCAUCAAGGCUCUAGAGCUGUAUCCACUCACGGACUAUAACAACUCGUAUGACUUGCAGGGUCAACAGAUGUAUGGCGAGAUGCGAUACAUUUGUACGGCGGUUUUAAUCAACAAAGCCGCCAAGCGAUCGGCGUUCCAGUACCGGUACGAUAACCCACACCUCGGUUCGAACCAUGGUGCCGAUCUGGAGGCGUUGUUCCCUUCCUCUUCAUCAUCUGAGGCGAACGCGGACGAUUUGGCGCUCUUCGAAGCUAUGCGUGAGUAUUGGACGUCGUUCGCUACUGGUGGUACGCCGGUUGCGCGGGAAGCACCAGAGUGGAGUGGUACGGGAGACCCGCGGAUGCUGCUGCAUCCUGGUGGUAUACACCUCGAGAAUAUUACGGAUGCGCUUUCUGCCAGGUGCGAUUUCUGGCAUGGCCUAAAGGAAGAGAUCAAGAUUUGAUUUGAUGUGUUAUCACCUUUGUGCACAACCAUGAUAUCUCGCUCAGCUUGGGCCGUCGAGUUA